ACAGGUAAAUAGGCAUCACUCUCAAUGGGAGAAGAAAACCAAACCUUUGUGGCUGAGUUCAUCUUCCUCGGCCUUUCACGGGACUUGCACACACAGAUCCUGCUGUUUAUUCUUUUCCUCAUCAUUUAUCUGUUGACUGUGCUUGGAAACCUCCUUAUCAUCGUUCUCAUCUCCAUGGACUCUCAGCUUCACACACCCAUGUAUUUUUUCCUUAGAAACCUCUCUUUCACAGAUCUUUGUUUCUCUACUAGCAUUGUCCCUCAAGUGUUGGUCCACUUCCUGGUAAAUAGGAAAACUAUUUCUUUUGGAGGGUGUGUGGCACAGAUAAUUGCCUUCCUUCUGGUUGGGUGCACAGAGUGUGCACUGCUGGCAGUGAUGUCCUAUGACCGGUAUGUGGCUGUCUGCAAGCCCCUGCACUACUCCACCAUCAUGACACCACAGGUGUGUCUCCAGCUGGCCAUAGCAUCCUGGGCCAGUGGGACAGUAGUGUCUCUGGUGGACACCACCUUUACCUUCCAACUUCCCUAUCGAGGACAGAACAUUAUCAAUCACUACUUUUGUGAACCUCCUGCUCUCCUGAAGCUGGCUUCAGCAGACACCUACAGCACAGAAAUGGCCAUCUUUGCAAUGGGUGUGGUCAUCCUCCUAGCUCCUGUCUCCCUGAUCCUUGUCUCCUACUGGCACAUUAUCUCCACUGUGAUCCAGAUGCAGUCCGGGGAGGGCAGGCUCAAGGCUUUCUCUACCUGUGGCUCCCACCUCAUUGUCGUUGUUCUUUUCUAUGGGUCAGGAAUAUUCACCUACUUGUGUCCCAACUCCGAGACCACAAAACAGGGGGAUAAGAUGAUAUCUGUCUUUUAUACAGUGGUGACACCAAUGUUUAACCCCAUCAUUUAUAGCCUGAGAAACAAGGAUGUCAAAGGGGCUCUCAAAAAACUAACUAGAAAGAGUUUUUUCUCACAAGCAGUGACCUCUAGGUGUCACUUUCUGAGCUAUGGGAACAUCCUUAGCAGAGGAGCAGGACUUUGA